UAGUAAUAGUGACCGGCUUGCAGAAGGUAGGAAAGGUGAGAAUGGAAGAGUUACGGAAGCUUGAGAAAGUGCAGAGGAUGGUCCAAUUCAUGGAAUCACGUGCCCUCCUCGUGACUCCAUCCUCCAACGAUCAUGGCCACCGCUUCGUCGCUAAUCUCAUGCUCUUCUUGUUACAACCCUGCGGAGGCGGAGACCUUUCCAUCAACGACAAGUGCUCAUUGCUCUCUGACCUUAUGCCUCGACUCUCGUCUGAAGUUCUGGAAGAAGCGUCUGUUUGGAUAAGUGAAGACCUCGUCGCCAUGCAAGAAAACGAUGGUUUUCAACAAAAUCAUGUUGAAAAUGCCUUCCAUGGUUGCAAUCAAUUGGAGUAUAAUUUAUUGCAAAGUUAUAAUGAAAACAAGGCCAUGGUCAGUCUGGAUUCCAUGGAAAAAGCAAACUCCACCCUUGAGGAUUUUUGCAGAUCCUAUUUCAUGUUUCAUGAAUUGGAUGUAACAAAGCCACAAACAGUCUUCAAAUACUUGCCUAUUCUUUCAUUCACAGAAAGUUAUAUCUAUCAGCUUGAUAAAAUGAAUGAGAAACUGCUGCCUACACCAACCAAUGGAAAGUCUGUACAUGGAGGAAAAGAUGAGAAAACAACCGGAGUGUUGGCUUCCUACUUUUCAAAUGAUCCUGUUCGACCACUGGUGACACUUCUCAAACAUAAAGGUCUUUUGACAGAGAGGAUAAGAGAAGAACUUACACUUGGAGAAGAGUAUUGGGCUCUUGAAAGAAAACUUUGUUACGCGCUUGUAAACGAAAAAGAGAUUCUUAUUGAAGAUGUCAUGAAGGCUAUUCAUUUGAAGUCUUUUGAUUAUCGAGUCUUGAAUCUUCUCCUAUAUCAACUGCGAGGAGCUGAGGUUGAGGAGUUGCAUAUGGAGUUUCUUUCAGUUUCAGAGUUCUUGGUGGAAGUUUCUGAUGAUCUGUAUGAUUAUGAGGUGAGUUCAGUAGUACAAGUCUUUUAUUGGUCAUCAUGCUCUUGUCUGAAUCUUAAUUCGACUAAAAGCCCUCAUAUCACACAGGAUGAUGUUCUAGAGAAUAAUUUCAACAUUUUGCGGAUGUUUGUCAGAAUAUAUGGAGCUUCAACUGCUCCGGCUAUGUUGGCUAAGUGCAUUGGCGAGGCUGAAGACAAGUAUGAAAGUUUGCUGAAUUCACUGGAUCCACAACUGUCUGAGAGUUACCAGAAAAGAUGUGCAGAAGCCACUAAAGAAGGUGGAAAGGUGUCAGAGCACCCUCUUGGCACGUGGGUGAUUCCAACCGUGAUUCCAGAUGAGGAACUGUAUCGGUCAAAAUUGAAGUCUGAUACUGAGUAAUGGAAACCUGAACUGUGUUAAUGGCACUUGGAUCUUAACUUGUUGACUCAAAACGGGUUAUGUUUGGAUUCAGAAAUAAUCAAGAAAGUUUGUGUCUAAAGUCUAAACCCUCGUAAGUUAAAGGUUAUAUAGACUAGGAGCAUUAGGUAUACAAUUCGAGAGUUCUGGAGGUACCAAUUUUUUAUGACUUAGCCUUCCGGAUCCGGGAUUCUGAAUCCUAUAUUACCUUAAUUUGGCUUGAGGAAUUUUGACUUGUGACUACCGAAAGAAUGAAUUUACUUGCUUACCAGUUAUUCACUUGACUAUUUCGAGGUUGUUUGGGAGGGUUUCUUGACUAAUCCAUUUGUGCAUGUAUUAUGAUUUGCUUUCUAAAUCAAGAAAUUGUAAAUGAAAUUAUUGUGCAAAAUCGCACAGCAUGCUUAACAUUUUUCAUACAAA